UGGCGCGGCCCCGCGAUAAAAAGCGCUGCGAGGCGGCGGAGGCAGCGCAGGAAGCGGCUCCCGCUCCCACAGCCCCGGCCCCUGAGGCGGGAGAGGGGCGGCCAAAGAUCCGGCACCGGCACGGACCCUCCCUGAGCCCCCCGCUCGGCAUCCCCCCAAGGCGCAUGGUGUUGCAAGAAGACCGUCUUAGACACCUCCCCGGGGGAACAUCGACCCACAGACUUCAAGCUCAGGCCUAGAGAGACGGAGGAGGGGAAGGAGCCAUGUUCCAGGCCGCGGGAGCCGCCAGCCCACCCCCCACCCACGAGGCAAAGAGCAGCUCAGGAGGCAGCACAGUGCAGCGCUCCAAGUCGUUCAGCCUGAAGGCUCAGGUGAAGGAGAUGUGCUCUGCCUGCCAGAAAACCGUGUACCCCAUGGAGCGGCUGGUGGCCGACAAGUUCGUCUUCCACAACUCCUGCUUCUGCUGCAAGCACUGCCACACCAAGCUCAGCCUGGGCAGCUACGCCGCCCUCCACGGCGAGUUCUACUGCAAGCCCCACUUCCAGCAGCUCUUCAAGAGUAAAGGCAACUACGACGAGGGCUUCGGGCGCAAGCAGCACAAGGAGCUGUGGGUGCACAAGGAGGUGGAGAGCGGCACCAAGACGGCCUGAGCGGGGCCAGCCCCGCCCCGCUGGAUCCCAGCAGAGCCCGAGCGAGCUGAGCUGCACGAACUGAGCUGAUGGGAAGCAGGACCUGGGGGAGG